GAUUGUAGUAUCAGGAUGUCUUAGUGGCUGUAGCAGCGCAAUACUAAGACUUCUGGCAUAUUUAUUUUAUUCUGCUGUGUGUAUAUAUUUCUCCUUGGGUAAAGAUGUCGGAAUCACCUGAAACACGGAGCCUGGUUUCUGCGUCCUCACAGCUGAAUUUGAUGGACAUUGAUGCGAUUGAUGACAAAGAAUAUGACAUCCCUCAAGUUGAUACCCCUCCCACUCUGGAAAGUAUCUUAAAUGAGCCUGAAGAUGAGGAUGAACCUUUCAUCCUGGAAGACACCUCCUUGCUGAAUACUGAGAACAUAGAUGCUCAUUCCUGCGAAACGUCCUCUCUUGCCAGCUCAGAUAGUGGGGACCGCACACAUCUAAAAAGAAAGAAGAAGUUAGCUGAAAGCAACAUUGCGGUCCAUGGCUCAGUUCUGCGACGUGGCACGUUGAAGGGAAUCUCUGCACAAAUGGUGUCUGCUGCUGAUAAAGUGGAUGCUGGUUUGCCAACAGCAAUAACAGUAUCUAAUGUAAUAGCUGUGGGGACAUCACAUGGACUCGCCCUUGUGUUCGGAAAAGACCCCAAUCAAGCUCUACGUCUGUGUCUGGGCAGCACAGCAGUUGGGUCACAGUAUGGCGCUGUCUCGGCUCUCAGCAUCAAUCACGACUGCACCAGGCUGCUCUGUGGCUUUGCCAAAGGACAGAUGACAAUGUGGGAUCUGGCAAAUGGGAAACUGCUAAGGACCAUAACAGAUGCUCACCCUCCAGGAACUGCUGUCCUUCAUGUCAAGUUUACAGAUGACCCGACGCUGGCUAUUUGCAAUGACAGUGGUGGAUCUGUGUUUGAGCUGGCAUUCAAGAGGGUGAUGGGUAUGAGGACUUGUGAUUCACGCUGCCUGUUCAGUGGCUCCAAAGGGGAGGUGUGCUGUGUGGAGCCACUACAGACCAGAGGGGAGCUCAGAGACCACCCAAUUGCACAGUCCUCUCUGUUGGCCAUGGCCUCACUCACCAAGAUUUUAGUCAUUGGGCUUAAACCAUCUCUGAAAGUAUGGAUGACAUUUCCAUAUGGAAAGACGGACCCAGCCAGUGUUCCCCAAUUGGCCUGGCAAUUUGUUGCCAUACAGAAGACCGUAAACCCCAUGCUGGCCUUUUGCAGAGGAGAUGUUGUCCAUUUCCUUUUAGUGAAAAAGGAUGACUCUGGUGCUGUCCAUGUCAUAAAGCAGAAGCAGCUUCACCUCAACUAUGACCUGAUCAGUUUAAAGUGGAUUAACUCUCGGACGCUGGUGCUGAUGGACAGCUCAGAGAAGCUACAUGUGAUUGACAGGGCCAGUCAGGAGGAACUGGAAACUCUGGACCUUGCAGAGGUGCAGCUUGUCUACAACAGUAGCCACUUCAAGUCACUGGCCACUGGGGGCAACGUCAGCCAGGCACUGGCAUUAGUUGGAGAGAAAGCAUGCUACCAGUCUGUCUGUAGCUACGGAGGUCAAAUAGUGUUUCUGGGAACAAAGUCAGUUCAUAUUUUGUCUCUGAGAAGCUGGAGAGAGCGAGUGGAUUACUUGCUGAAGCAAGAGAAGUUUGUGGAGGCGUUGGCGCUGGCGUGGUCAUUCCACGAAGGCACUGCUAAGGCCGUGGUGGGAUUAUAUGGGGAUCCAAGCAAGAAGAAAGGGGUGGUAGCCGACAAGAUGGUCGAGAUCCUUCUUCUGUAUGCAGAUCGUUCCCUGAAGAAGUGCCCAGAGCAGGGGAAGAUUCAAGUAAUGGAGCAGCAUUUUCAGGACAUGGUACCUGUCAUGGUGGAUUACUGCCUCCUUCUCCAGAGGACGGACCUACUCUUUAACCAAAUCUACCCCAAGCUGGUAGAGAACUCGGUGGCCCGGGGAGUGUUCCUGGAGUGUCUAGAACCAUACAUCCUCAGCGACCGGCUGAAUGGCCUCACUGUCCAUGUCAUGAAGGACCUCCUCUCUCACUUCCAGGACAAUGGAAUGAUGGACAGUGUGGAAAACUGCCUGGUCCACAUGGACAUCACCAGCCUAGAUAUCCAGCAGGUGGUAAAAUUAUGUUGGGAAAACCAGCUUUAUGAUGCCAUGAUUUAUGUCUAUAACAGUGGAAUGAAUGACUACAUCACUCCGAUGGAGAAACUGUUCCAGGUAAUUGCUCCCCCACUACAAGCAGGCAAAUCUCUCUCAGAUGACCAAAUCAUAAUGGGCAAUAAGCUACUGGUAUACAUAAGCUGCUGCCUGGCAGGACGUGCUUACCCUCUUGGGGACAUUCCUGAAGAUCUUGUUCCUCUAGUAAAAAACCAGGUGUUUGAGUUCCUGAUCCGUCUUCACUCCACAGAGGCGCCCCCUGAUGAAGAGAUCUGCCCUUACAUUCGCACACUGCUGCACUUCGACACCAGGGAGUUCCUCAAUGUUCUGGCACUGACUUUCGAAGACUUCAAGAAUGACAAGCAGGCACUUGAAUACCAGCAGCGAAUUGUGGACAUCCUGCUGAAGGUGAUGGUGGAAAACUCGGAUUUCACCCCCUCUCAGGUGGGAUGUCUCUUUACCUUUCUGGCCCGGCAGCUGGCGAAACCUAACAACACACUGUUUGUCAACAGAAAACUAUUUGACCAGGUACUUGAAUUUCUCUGCAGUCCAGAUGAUGACUCUAGACAUACAGAGCGACAGCAGGUUCUACUGGAGCUGCUGCAGGUCGGAGGAGUGGCACAAUUUGAUGAGAUCAGACUCAUCAUUCUAGCUGAAAAGGCUGAGUUUUACCAGAUCUGUGAAUUCAUGUAUGAAAAGAAGCACAUGUAUGACAAAAUCAUACACUGCUAUCUGAAGGACCCUUUGAGAAAGGAGGAGGUUUUUAACUAUAUCCACAACAUCCUGUCACUCCCAGGAUAUAGUGUGGAGGAGAAGAAGUCAGUGUGGGACAAAUCUAUGGAACAUAUUCAGGGGCUCCUGUCCAUUGAUCCUUCAAAGGCAGCUGAUCUGGUUGCAAUCCACUUUGCAGACGAGGUUCAGCCCAUCAUUGACAAGCUGGAGGAUGAUCAUUUGCUGUUCCAGUUUUUGAAGUGUCUUCUUGAUCCCAGGGAAGCCACACAAAACCAGAAGCUGCUGUGCCUGAGUCCUGACCUACAUGAGCUCUACGUCAGUCUACUGUGCCGAUUUUGUCCAAGCAAGGUCACUCUGUUCUUACAGGCAUCACAAGACUAUCGUUUAGAGGAGGCCAUUCAGAUAACAGAGCAACACCUCCUGCAUGAAGCAACAGCAUACCUGCUGGAGAAGAAAGGAGAUGUGCACGGAGCUUUCCUUGUGCUGCUAAAGACAUUGAAGAACAAGCUUUCAGCACUUCCUCUAGAGAAUAAAGGCGAACCUUCAGCAGAUGAAGAAGAAUCCCUGCUGAGCGUGGAGGCAGCUUUGGCAGAGGCCAUUGCUCUGUGCCAGCGGAAUUCCUACAGUCUCAACCAGCAACAGAGAGAGAUGCUGUGGUUUCCAUUGUUAGAAGCAAUGAUGUCACCUCAGAAGCUACUAAAAGGGUCAGCCUUUCGGCACACUUCAGAAUCACUGAAACAGCUUACGAUGCAAGUUCUGAACAGCAUGACAGGCUUCAUUGCUCUACCAUUGAUAAUCCAGCGCAUCUUGCAGGACCCAGUCUAUGGCAAAGGCAAGUUGGCUGAAAUUCAAGGAUUAAUUCUGGGGAUGCUGGAGACCUUUAAUUAUGAACAGACCCUUCUAGAGACCACCACCAGUCUCCUAAACCAUGACCUGCACUGGUCCUUGUCUAACCUGCGUGCCGCUGUGAGCCGUGGCCUUCACCCCCGUCUGGACCAUUGCAGCAUCUGCCUCCAGCAGUACAAGAGAAGGAGUGAGGGCGAGGAAGAAAUCAUCAUCUUCAGCUGCGGGCACCUCUAUCACUGCCAGUGUCUGCAGAGUAAGGAGUGUGGGCUGGCAAUGGAGAGACCAGGUGGAUGGAGCUGUUAUAAAUGUACCUCCAAUAAUCAGGGUGGGCGCGGUGGAGAAAGAAGUGCCACAGAUGUGCACCGAGGACGGAGCACCUCUCUCGCACAGAUUAAAGUUACAUCUGCGCAUCACGGAGCUCACGGUGACGCUCAUGGAAGAAAGGUACAUUGUGGGUUAAUGAUUGCAAAGGAGCAGAAUAGAAACAGAAAAGAGGACAAGAAUGGGGAAGAAAACACAAGGAGAAGCAGGGAGAAGAGAGAGGAGUCCGGAGGAGUUGGGGGCUUAAAGCUUCUGCCAGACGAGAGCCCUUAUUUCUUGAUCAUCCAACCCAAACCUGACUGA